AUGAUGAAGAAUGGGUUUAAGCAGAGUAACUCGGAUCACACCUUGUUUCUAAAAAGGCGUGGAGAUCAAAUUACAUGCUUGAUUAUCUAUGUUGACGACAUGAUCAUCACUGGAGAUGAUGUUGAAGAGAUAGAGCGUCUCAAGGGGAGUCUAUUCCAAGAAUUUGAGAUGAAAGACCUCGGAAACCUGAAAUAUUUCCUAGGGAUAGAGGUAUUGAGAUCAGAAGGAGGAAUCUUCCUAAGGCAGAAGAAGUAUACUUUGGACAUCCUUGCUGAAACAGGGCUAUUGGACUGCAAGCCGGUCGAAACCCCAAUGCUAGUGAAUCAUGGACUACAGAUCUCUGAGAAGGCAGAACCAACGGACCAAGGGAGGUAUCAACGUCUAGUUGGAAAGCUCAUCUACUUAUCUCACACCAGACCUGAUAUAGCUUAUGCCGUCGGAGUAGUAAGCCAGUUCAUGCAUCAACCUCAAAAGGACCAUUAUGAAGCUGCAUUGAGGAUCAUCAAAUAUCUCAAAGGAACAGUUGGACAUGGAGUAAUGUUCAAGAAGAAUGAACAGCGAGGAGUCUAUGGUUACACUGAUGCAGACUGGGCAAGUAAUCUAGUCGACAGGAAAUCUACAGCAGGAUACUUCACAUUUGUAGAAGGAAACUUGGUCACAUGGAGGAGUAAGAAACAAAAAGUGGUUGCACUGUCAAGCGCUGAAGCAGAGUUUAGAGGAAUCAAGAGUGGAUUGACAGAGAUUCUGUGGCUACGAAGAUUAAUGGGUGAAAUUGGACUAAGCCUAGAAAAGAGUCAACUUGUCAACUUUUCUAUGACAAUAAAGCAUUAA